AUGAAACCAACCACCAUCCUAACCACCCUCCUAACCCUAACCAUCACCACCCUAGCCGACAAAACCUGCACCCCAAGUUUCGACUACUGCUCGGACGUCCUCCUCGACUCGAAGGGCUUCUCGCAAGAUGACCUAACCGCCGCCCUGCAAGGCACAGGCUACGAGACCGAAGACCUGGGGAAUAUUCUCUUCCAUUGUACGAAUCCAGGCCAGAUUGGACAUGCCAAGUUGUGUGAGAGUGGGUGUCAGGAUCCGCCGCAGGAGGGGAGUCAUGGGUGUGAUGGAUAG